AUGGCUGCCGUCACAAACUCCCAAAAGCCUCGCUCCCUCCUCAAGCAGCCAACUCCUGCCGCACAUGCUCAGAAGGUCGGGCCUGCUCUCGAUCAUGGAACAGGCCUCAAGCGGUUUCUCCGAAAACCCAAUGUGGCAGAAGCGAGUGAGCAGUUUGGGCAGUUGGCCAAGGAGCUGAGGCAGGAGGAGUGCCUGCAGUAUGCCGGCUUCUGUAAGCUCGCCGUCGCACGGUGCGAGCAGACACUGUUCAAUGCGGCCGGGGAGGCCCUGGCUCUGACUGAUGCCGCCCGACUCUUCCUGCAGGCCGAGAAGGAGACACAGAGACUCCAGUGCCCAGGCUUCGAGGAGCACCUACAGGCCUCCACCAACUGCUACAGCUUUGCCAUAAAGGUCUACAUUGAGUUGAACCAGCCAGUCAUGGCAGCAAGUCUGUGCUUAGAGCUCGGAAAUGCGCUGAAGGAGAUGAAUAAGCCAGCCGAAGCCUCCGUGCAUUUUCAGCGGGCCGCUGAGCUGCAGUCCCAGGUUCCCAUUGAGUGUCUCCUGUCCCUCGGAAAAGUGGCGACCUGCAAAAUAAUUACCCGCGAUUACGAUGGAGCUCUGGCUGUUUUCACAGAAAUGCAGCUCCUGGCUCAGGAGAAAGGAUUACAGGUGCUGGGUACCUGUACCCCUGUAGGUGCGUUUAUGGACGUUAUCGCUCGGUGUGAGGUCUCCCGAGUCCUCCUGCUGAUGCUGCUCCAGCCCCCACCACAGAAACUACUGCCAGAGCACGCUCAGACCCUGGAGAAAUAUGACUGGGAAUCGUUUGACAGCCAUAGCCAAGAUGGCCUGUCAGGAGAAGGAUCUCGAGUCCUUAAAGGUUCUGCAGGUGGAGCUCUGGCCGCUGUUGACCCCCGAGCAGAACCACCUGCUGCACCUGGUACUACAGGAGGUCCUGGCACCCUCAGGCCGAGGUGUGUGAGAUCCCACCCACGUGCCCCCCGCCACCGAGAUCUCCUAACUGCCGUCAAGUGAUUGGGGUGUUGUCUGUACUGUCGAGUGCUCCCUGACCGUCCUGCUGGGGAGCUGGGAUUUAAAAUGUAUUUAAUAAAGGUAACACUGACAUGA